AUGGGAAACCCUAGAAACAAUCAGGUGAUCCCAAAGGGCUGUGGGCCAGGAACUCUCCCCUGGAAACACAGCAAUGACAUCAUCAACAGGAAGACAGCUGGCAUUAAAGGGGUCAUCCUCAUCAUCACUACACCAUUGGCUGUCAUCUGCUUGGUGCUCAACAUCGUCAUACCAGAAACAGGUACAGUGGUGUCUGGGCUGACCCUGCUCUGCUGCUCGGUGCCCCCAGCACUGACAGGAGGAGUGGUGGGCAACGAUGAGAGGCUGGCUCUGGUGUGUUUCAACCUGUGGGUGGGGCUUGCUCAGCUCUUCACUGUCACCUUCCUGCUCAUCGGCUGGGUCUGGAGCAUCACCUGGGGAGUCAUCAUGCUGGUUCUCUUCUAUCUAAAGAGGAUCGCUCACUGCACUAUGCCAACGCAAGCAGAGGCAGCAGCAUUCUCCACUUCAAGCGAGAGUGGUCAUUCCAUUGCGAUCAGUCAGAUUUGCAUGUAGUAUUGGAUCCGCCGAGAUGCACAAAAUAAAAUACGCCUCAGCAAGCCUGUAAACUGUUCCAGUUUAAUGCUUCCCCAAUGACAUGCAUCCUUACUGCAGGGGGAGGGAGUGGGGAGGGAGAAGAGUUUGUUACAACUGCACCGCUCUAAUUAGCCCACAUAUCUUGGCUGCUUAUAUGAUACCGGCACAAUGUAGCCAAAAGUUAUUUAUACUGUGGCAGUUUUUUUAAUUUUAUUCACACUUCUUUUUUCAUCCUUUUUGGGGCUUAAAAUAUAUCGCCACUUAAUGUGUCAACUCAUAAUACUCGAAUCAAUGAAGGUGACCUUCAAAAUGAUUGGCAUCACAGGUGACCAAAGUGAAGGACAGCAUAAAAAUGAAUGAUGGAAAUAUAUACCUCUCAUCAGCACAGCCUGCGGUGGUUGAAUUGCAGAAAGCUGACGAUUGAUUUCUAAUGGAGUAUGAGAUUUCGGUGGAGAUCAACUGGACUUACAGUAGUAGGCCGUAGUUCUUGGAAGAAAUUAUA